AUGACAACUCCAAGUGCACCUCGUCGGAGUGAACGAUUACGAAGAAUGCCGGGAUGGACGACUUGUGGCGGCUUGGCAUUGCUUCUACUGGCGAGCAGCCAUCCAAGUGCAGAUGCCUUUGCCAUGCCCAAAUUACGCAGCCGCGGUUGUCCUUCGACCGUCUCGCGGGUGUUUGUGACGGAAGAACGAACGCAGCUGGAAUUUGGACAGGAGAGGAGAGACGAGCGGGAUGAUGAGAAUACCAAUGGAGGCAAUAAGAAGAAUGGUCAACAAGUCAAUAAUAACAUCAACAACAAUGGCCAAGCGCUGAAUAAUGGGAAACGACCACCUGCGGGAUCUCCAUUGAGUAUGAUUUGUGAAGAUGCGAAGGAAGAGGAAGACUCCUUUGAGAUUCAUGUGGGAAGGGCUUUGGAUACCCUUCGCAGCGAUUACCCAAAUAUGUUAGUCGAACAACCAGACCUUGCAAUCUACGACAAGGAACUGGAAGUGAUUGACCCCUCGGGUGUCAAACUGCAUGGAAUCAAAAACUACAAGAACGCAUUUCGUCUCAUGCAUGCCAUUGUGCAAGUCUUUUACUGUCCCGAACGAAGUGGACUGCAAUACCGCAUGUGCUACGAUACGGCACGACAAAACAUUCGAGUCAGCUGGAAUGCGCACGUUAUCCCCAAGGCACUCUUUGGUGGUGUUCGAACCACGCUGCAUGUCGAUGGCAUUUCCGUAUACGAAAUAUCCCAAAAGUCGGGAAUGAUUACGCAACAUCGCAUCGAACGACUCGUCAUCAAUGAUACCCCCGUCCAGCCCCAACAGGGCAUCUUUGCCCUGCUGCGCAAUGAACAUGAUGAAUCCGUGCCCGUAUUCAACAGUGCCAACACACAGGUGUUGGAAUUCCGUGAGGGUCCUUCUCUAUUGUUUACGAGUACUAGCAACAGCAACAACAACGAGGGAGGAGAGACAACAGCAACAACAACCACCACUGCACUCGAUGCCGUCUCGGCGGGAGGUGACAACGAAAACAACAGCAACAAAGAUGACUAUCCCGGUAUGGACUGGGAAGCCUAUGAAAGGAAGAAUGCCUCGCGCAAAAAGUUUGGACUCGACCCAUUGACACCCGAAGAAUACAUGGAAACAGAAGCACAAAUCAAACAAAUGGCCAUGCAACAAUCGGCGUCGGCAGCGGCCGAAGUGGCAAAGCAAAACAACGGACGACAACAAGGCUUCCUCGAACGACUCUUUGGAGAUAUCGUUCCCGAACAAUGCGAAUCCAACUUUGAUUGUCAACGACCCGAAAUCUGCUGUGACUUUGGAUUCAAAAAGAUUUGUUGUGCAUCGGGCGCCUUUGUGGGAAACAGUCUACAAAGAGAACUCCAGCCGGCAAUGGUCCCGGUUCCGGCUGACAUUUAUCCGCCGGGACAAGGACCAGAGCUAGGUGGCGGACGGUACAAUGGAUACUAA